CAAUUCCCCUUUCCCCAAACAAUGUCUAAACUCGCCGCCGCCUCGCCGCCGCUGGUGACGGUGGUGGAGUAUCUGGAAUCCGCCAUGUCCAGAGACCUCCUCUGCAAGUUCCCCGACAACUCUGCCUUCGAUUUCGACUACACCCAGAGCUCCAUCUGGUCGCCGCUUCUUCCCCGGCCGCACAAUCCCCACGGCGGCCUUCAGGUCUCCAAAAGGCUGUCGUUCAACGGCGGCGCCGACGGGUUUCUGGAGAAUACCAAGAAAAUGGCCGCCGGAAUCAAGAGGAAAUUCGCCGACGCUAUGCUUAAUGUCAAUGUCGGCGGCGGAUGCACCAGAAUGAAGAAGAAGAUCAGGAGGAAGAAGACGAAGAGGAACUCCAUUGGAUUUUCUCCAAAGAGUCGGGCAUGGGACAAAGUGAUGGAGGCAGCUGCUAAUUAUUUCAAGAAGAAGGAGAGCAGUAACGGUCACCUGAGUGACACGUGGCAGUUUGUGAAUUAAUAAUAAUAAUAAUAACAAUAAUAAUAGUAAUGUAGGAUUCGAUUUCAUCUGAUCUGAUAAUUUUGUUUAGCGACGGAUCGUAAAACGCGACGGGCAUAAUAGUUUGCUUGCACCUUCUAGAAGAUGUUCAAUUGAUAUUAUGAAUGAGUUGGGCUUUAUAUUUAAAGCCUUUGUUGUAGGCCCACUUUCAAUUUUAUUUACUAUUUAUUAUGUGUAGUUGACUACGGCUCUGUACAGAGAGUGCUCU